AUGAUUUCUAUAGUUUUUACCUUCAUUAUUUGUGGACUUUAUUUGUUGAAAGUAUAUUCAAGGUCUAGUCAUGAACCACCGCUUCUACCUAGUUGUCUACCUAUAUUAGGACAUGCACAUAUAUUAAUUGAAGGAAGUUCACGAUUAUGGAAAGCUGUAAUUACCUUAAUACAUGAAUGCCACAAAGCAGGAGACGUUACAACACUCUUAUUGGGUCCCAUUAAAUGUUAUGCAUUAACAGAUCCAGAUGAUUUUAUCACUGUUGCAAACUCGUGUUUAGACAAAGGCUUUUUAUAUGAUUUUGCUAAACCAUGGCUUGGGGACGGAUUAUUAACUGCACCGGUAACAAAAUGGAAAACUCACCGAAAGUUACUAAAUACGGCAUUUAACCAGCAAGUUUUAGAUGGGUUUUUAGAUGUGUUCAAUAGACAGUCGAAGAUUUUACUUAAACAAUUAUCUGUGGAAGAGGGAAAAGGACUUUUUGAUCAUAAAAAGUACAUAAUGCGAAAUUCUUUGGAAACGAUAUACUUGACAGCAACGGGAAUAGAUUUAAGAGCCGACAAAACACUUAACGCAAAGACUGUGACCGUAACAGAUAGAGCUAUCAGAGGUGUGGCUUACAGAGUUAAAAGAGUAUGGUAUUACAAAGAUUUUAUUUGGAAUAUGAGCAGUACAAAAAAGCAACUAGAUAAGGACAUCGAGUUCUUACACAGUGUGUCUAACAUGAUCGCAAAGCAACGGCAGAAGUCGUAUAGUUCAACUCUGUUUAAGACCUCAGGUUUGUCAAACACCAAAAAUUAUAUUUUAUUUAGCUUUUUUAAUUUUAUUUCAAUAUAUUUUUCUCUUGCAGGUAAAAAUCUUAAAUCAUUUAGUGAUGUGUUUUACGGUCUGGAAGGUUCGGAUGGCGAAAGUGCUUUCUCAAAUAAGGACGUAGAAGAUCACGUUAAUACCUUGAUUGUGGCUGGUUAUGACACAAUUGCAACAAGUCUUGUAAUUACUCUUCUAUUAAUCGGCUCGUAUAAGGAAGUUCAAGAUAAAAUCUACAAUGAGCUUGAAGAAGUAUUUGGCCAGUCCGACAGGGAUAUUGAGAAGCAAGACUUACCUCGUCUAACAUACAUGGAAGCAGUUAUAAAGGAAUCGUUGAGGUUGUAUCCAAUUGUUCCUGUUAUAGCCCGACUUCUCGAUAAGGACUUAAAAAUAAAAAAUUACACUUUAUAUUCUGGAAAAAUUUGUUUCUUAUCCAUCUAUGGUGCACACCGACAUCCUGUGUGGGGUGAAGAUGCGAAUAAUUUUAAGCCGGAGAGGUGGUUGAACCCCGAAACCUUACCAAAGAAUUCAAAUUCUUUUUUACCUUUUAGCCUGGGAAGAAGAAAUUGUAUAGGUAAAACUUACGCGGUAAUGUGGUUGAAGACACUUAUUUCACAUUUUAUUCGUAAAUACCAAGUAACUGGCGAUCACAAAAAUUUAUUGCUAAAGUACGAUUUCCUGCUUAAUCCAUAUUCGGGUUAUUAUAUUGCUAUUGAAAAAAGAAAGUGA